AUGCGUCAGCUGAAAGAACCACAUUUCCCAAGAAUCCGUUCUCUCUGGGAUGUGUAGCUUUGGAAAUCUGUCUUUGUUGCUCUGGGAGAGGGGACUCCUGGAGUGUGUCUGUGAAUAAAGACUAGCCGAAGGUGCGAAGUGACUAGAUGGGAGCAAAGGAGGAAAACUAGGGAAUGGGAGGUGAGAGUGGCUGACACCGACCCAACGUCCGGGUUGCCGGAAGGCUGCAGCGCCCGGAGCGGUGUCGGGCAAACCGCUACCCUGGUAUUGCUGGAGCCUCUCCUGGGGACUUUUGAACAGGUGACCCGAUAGGAAGCACAACUGCUUCUGUUGGAGUGCGGUUACCUGGAGACCGCAGUCUGAAGGGACUCCCGGCAGAGAUGUCGUUACGGUGUCCUGCCUGUCUGGAUGCUUAGGAGCGCGACUCAAAACUACACCCCUGACGACCCUGGAGAUACUGUGGCCUCAUGAAUAGGAAUGUCUGCCCAUAUGUCAGGAUUGGAAAUAAUGGAUGAAGAUCAAUUAAUCAAAGACGUCUUGGAUAAAUUCCUUAAUUGUCAUGAGCAAACAUAUGAUGAAGAAUUUCUGAACACUUUUACUCAUCUUUCACAAGAGGAUCAUGUGUCCAAAAGGGGAGUGUUUGGAACUGAUUCUUCAGAAAACAUUUUUACCUCAGCAAAAGUUACUCAUAAAAAUGAAGCAGAUGACUACCAUCUUAGAAAUAAAACCAUCUUUCUUCGUACUUCAUCACAAUGUUUGGAAGAACAGGUAGAUAAUUUCCUAGAUUUAGAAGAUUUGGACAUGGAUGAAGAGAUUAAACCCCAAAUGAGUGAGGAUUUGCUGCUGCUUCCAGGAGAAGUAGAGCAGGAUGUAAGCACCAGCAUUCCUUCCUGUAUCCCUUUUGUGGCCCAGCCUCCUACCUGUGAAGUGAAGCCAACGCCCACUGUAAAAAGAAUGGACAAACAGACGGAAGAGAUACUUGGAGAUGAAGUUCAACCUUUUUCACUUGAUGAAGAAUUUGAUUAUGACAAUGUGACGCUAACCUCCAAGUUUAGUCCUGCAGAGAUAGAGAACAUCAAAGAGCUAUGCAAGCAGCAGAAGAGAAAGGACACCAGCCCAGACUUAGAGAAAUCCUGUGACUGAUUCACAGAGGCAUUUUGUGUGUGUGUGCUUAUUUUAAUUUUGUUCUUAUUCUAGCAACAUUAGAAUAAAAGAUAAACCUACUAUAA